GUGUGAGUCUGCUUCUACGUGUGUUCUGCUCCGGGAUAUUGCUUGUGUUUAUUUCUCAUGGGUACUGCUCUAAAAAUAUCACCGUGCCCUUGUGAUGAUGAUGGGUGUGUCCUGGAGGAUGCUCUAUAACACCUCAGUCCGAGGUCUCUGUGAUGCAUUCGGGUGGCUCCUGAGAUCUUUCUCAAAUUUGAAGCUUGCAAAAGAGCAUUUUAUAUGGAUACUUUGUCCACAACCUCUGUGGAAGAAACCAUGUAUAUGGGAAGUGAAGAAGAAGAAGAAGAUGAGGAGACAAAUGGAAGUGAAGAGGAGGACAAAGAUGAUUCGCAAACAGAUCAGUCAUCUGUAGGGAAGCAGCAGAGACCAGCCUGGGCUCCAUGUUUCUUCUACAGAGCUGGGAAAGAGGUGUACAACUAUGUCGGCCAGGAGAUCAUCAUUCAAGAGGCUCUGGACUCGUAUGCUGGCAUGAUAUGGCCGGCAGGGUUGGCUCUCUGUCAUUACCUGGACACUCAUCGAGAACAGAUCAAUCUCGUGGAUAAAGCAGUCCUGGAGAUCGGAGCAGGAACCGGCCUUGUGUCUGUCGUAGCAGCACUCCUUGGUGGCUGGGUCACAGCCACAGACCUACCAGAGGUCCUGAACAACCUGAGGGUCAAUUUGUGCAGGAAUACCAGGGGCCACUGCAGACACACGCCCCAGGUAGCAACUUUGUCAUGGGGCUAUGACCUGGAGCGCACUUACCCAUCAUCGAUCUACCACUACGACUACGUGCUAGCAGCCGAUGUGGUCUACCAUCAUGACUUCCUGGAUGAGCUCCUGGUCACCAUGAAGCAUUUCUGCAAACCGGGAACAACUCUAAUCUGGGCCAACAAGGUCAGGUUUGAGUCUGACUUGACUUUCACUGAGAACUUUAAAAAGGCCUUUAACACAAGCUUAUUGGCCGAGGAUGGAGAGAUGAAGAUCUUCAUGGCAACAAGUAGAGAAGGAGAGGAAUGUUUUAGUGAUGUCAUGCUGGAAGAUCCGCUGAGACAGAAGGAGGGGAAAGAAAGGAAGGAGAUUGAAGAUAAAGAUAAAAAGGGGAAAGAAAAGCUUGUGGAGCAAAAAUCCAAUGAGGAUGACUUGAACGAUCAUGAAAAAAUAAGUUAUGAUGAAUUACCAGAAAAAACCAACAUGUUAGAGGAUGAAAGAGAAAAUGAAAAGGAAGACAAUACUGAGUGUGAAGAAGAGGAGAACACGGUGGAGGUCCUCACAGAUGAGAAGGCUCAACCAGAGGACACAGAUUCCAGUUCUGAAGAUAUAACAGGACAGGAGAUUAAGAAAGAGACAGCUCUAAAACAGAACUGGAUCCCCAGCAUCGGCUGCAGCAUUGCUAAAGAUAUCUAUCAUUAUGUAGGGGAGGAUAUCGUUAUUUAUGAAUCCAUAGACUCUUUUGGAGCAAUGAUGUGGCCAGCGGCGUUGGCUUUGUGCUCCUUCCUGGAAAACAACAGGCACAUGGUGAACCUGAAGGGGAAGGAAGUGCUGGAGCUGGGAGCAGGGACAGGACUAGUAACCAUUGUGGCCAGUCUGCUGGGAGCUUCGGUCACAGCCACAGAUUUGCCAGAGAUUUUAGGGAAUCUCCGGGCUAACGUGAUAAGGAACACCAGAAACCGCUGCAGACACACGCCCCAGGUGGUUGCUCUGCCAUGGAGCUACGACCUGGAACGCACCCACCCAUCAUCGAUCUACCACUACGACUACAUACUGGCAGCUGAUGUGGUCUACCAUCACGACUUCCUGGAUGAGCUCCUGGUCACCAUGAAGCAUUUCUGCAAACCGGGAACAACUCUAAUCUGGGCCAACAAGGUCAGGUUUGAGUCUGACUUGACUUUCACUGAGAACUUUAAAAAGGCCUUUAACACAAGCUUAUUGGCCGAGGAUGGAGAGAUGAAGAUCUUCAUGGCAACAAGUAGAGACUGAAAGGCCAAAGAGGUGUGGAUAGAUUUCCUGAGACACUCCCAUGGGAUAAGCCAUUGAAGUGUACGAAUUGCCAGCAAUUCAAUUGAAAUGAUCCAGUGUUUACUAAUGCUGCUAUGAGCUUGAACUAAAAUUUGUUACCUGCUGUUUUAUACAUGUUGGUGGGGGAUAAAAGAAAAAUCUGAGGAGAUGAGUGUGAGUUUGGAUCUGCUGUGGCAGUGACGUUUGCUAAACAAAUGUUCGGAUACCAAAUUCAAGGAUGCUGAAAAUGUGUUGUGAAAAUCAUCUGCCUUCUAUGGUGCAGUCCCUUUCUAGACUCAUUAGACACUUUCUCGGGGGUGCGUGUUACACUGGUUGACAAUAACCUUCAUAUAGGAAAAUUUUCUAUAUCAUGCUGAUAACACACAUCCUGUACACUUUUGCAGAGUUAUAUUACAUCCCCCAACACUCUAUACUCAUAUUUUGUAAUUAAUACUUAAAUAGAGUCAAUACACACUUACCUACCACUUUAUUACUGGGUUGGACCCACUUUUUUUUCGUCAGAACUGCUUUAAUUCUUCAUGGGAUAGAUUUAAACACCUCUCAGAGAUUUUGUUCCAUGUUAACAACAACCACUCUGCAACUAUUUGAGCUUUGGGACAUUGUGGAUUAUCCCGAUAGAAGUUAACAUCAGAAGACAGGUACACUGUGGUCAUAAAAGAGUCAAUACUUAAGUUGUGCUGUUAAAAAUAUCCUCCACACCAUUACACCACCACUAGCUUAAACCAUUGAUCCAAAGUAGGAUUCAUGUUGUUUACAUCUCAUUUUGACCCUAAACAUCACAGCAGAAAUCCAGACGUUUUUACAAUCUUCUGUUGUCCAAUUUUGGUGAAUCCAUGUGAGUAGCCUCAGUUUCCUGUUCUUAGCCAACAGGAGUAGUGGUGGUCUUCUGCUACUGCUUCAAGGUUUGACAUGCUGUGUGUUCAGAGAUGCUCUUCUACAUACCCUGGUUUUAAUGGGUGAUCGGCAUCCCAACAACCUAACAUAUUCACUUUCCCCCCCCAAAAAUCAGACUUUUUAUCCUUGAAGGCCUAUAAAUAGUCAGUUUACUGCAGAUGGUUUUGUUGUUGUUUAGACUUGAACUGUCUUUUAAGAUGACUUUUGGCCAUCUUUUUCCUCAGAUGGUAGUAUAAGAGGCAGCUUCUCAGAUGUAAAGAUUUUCUCUUAAAUAUACUGUGUUUGGGAUAAAACAAAUCAUCUGAACAGGACUCACUGGGCUGUGGGGUAUGGAGGGCCAUAAGUGCCAAAAGGAAUUAUAUUAAACACACCAUUAAAGAAUUGUGAUUAAUUAAAAUUGGAAGUAGACAAAUGUCAAACAAGUCAAAUAUUUAGUCAGAAUGUCAUUAAAAUAGGAAAAAAAAUAUUAAAUGGCUUAAAUGAAGUGAAUUGAAAUUGAACUUUUUUCCCCAAUUUUAAGUAUUUAUUUUAUUCAUGUUCGGCUCUCUCGGCCCUCCACAGUAAGUAUAAAGAAGCUAUGAAAUGUCUUUUUUUGGCAUGUCAGCUGUACCGUUUUUAAGUCUCUUUUGCUGUAUGUGCAAGUGAUGCUCAGUGAACACGUGAAUUCUUCCAAAUAUUUU